ACCAUGUAGGGGGUGUGUGAUAGCUUGAGAAGGCGUGGUGGGGUUCCUCUGAUAAAGAGAGGUGCCCGGGUGCUGUUCUGCCAUUCUAUCAUGUUAUUCUCUGUUAGAACCACAUCAGACACUGUUGACAACUUUCUGGAUUUAUUUGCCACAACAUAACCAACUGUGAUAAGCCUCUCUCAGUAUUUGCUGCUUGUUUUGUUGGACCAAAAAAAAAACAUUUUUUUCAGUAUUCGAGUGUGUCCUUUUCACCCACAAGUGAUAGCUAUUGACUUUGGAUCUGGUGACUGGUUUGAGGCAAAGGAAGACAGAUGAGAAUGGGGGUGUUUGAGCCCAAGAGGGAGUUCAGUGUGGACAGGAGCAUACUGGACGAGCUCAGCCUGGACGAGGUGGCCCGAAAGCGGACCUGCACCCGAGGGCCCUCCCUGAAGAAGCGUCUGCGUGAGUCAGUGCGGUGUUCUCUGCCCAGGCUGAAGGGCUGGCUUUUUUCCUGGCUCCCCGUCCUCUCCUGGCUGCCCCACUACAACAUCCGUGAGAAUGGCCUGGGGGACCUCAUCGCCGGCAUUAGCGUGGGAAUCAUGCACCUGCCGCAAGGGAUGGCGUAUGCUCUGCUGGCCUCGCUACCACCAGUCUAUGGACUAUACACGUCCUUCUACCCUGUACUCGUCUACUUCAUUUUCGGUACCUCCAAACACAUCUCCAUAGGUACAUUUGCUGUCAUCAGCAUCAUGAUUGGUAGCGUGGCUGAACGGUUAGCACCGGAUGCUAACUUUAUUGGUAAUGUUACGAACGGGUCCUCUGAGGGUGUGGUCGUGGAUAUAGCAGCCAGAGAUGCAUACCGGGUGGAAAUAGCCACAUCAAUCACCUUACUUAGUGGAAUCUUUCAGGUGUUGCUGGGGUUGGUGAGGUUUGGCUUUGUGGUGACGUAUCUGUCGGAGCCUCUGGUCAGAGGCUACACGACAGGAGCAGCCACACAUGUGGUCGUCUCUCAACUGAAGUACCUGUUUGGGAUUAGCCCUGACCGCUAUGGUGGGCCGCUGUCACAGAUAUAUAUACUGUUAGACCUCUUCUAUCGGCUACCUGGCACUAAUAUCGCCAUUCUGGUGGUCAGUUUGGUGUCCCUGGCUGUCCUGAUUACUGUCAAGGAGUUAAACUCCUAUUACAGCAAAAAACUACCGCUUCCCAUACCUAUUGAGCUUAUAGUGAUCAUUGGAGCAACAGUGGUCUCCUAUUAUGGGAAUCUCAAUGAGAUAUAUGAUGUUCAUGUGGUUGGGGAGAUUCCAAGUGGCCUGGUGGCCCCACGCGUGCCCAACUUCACCCUGUUCCCCUCCCUGGUCGGAGAGGCCUUUGCCAUAGCAGUGGUUGGCUACGCCAUCAACAUCUCCCUGGGCAAGACCUUUGGCCUUAAGCAUGGCUAUAAAGUAGACAGCAACCAGGAGCUGGUAGCGUUGGGCCUCAGUAAUUCGGUGGGGAGCUUCUUCCAGUGCUACUCUGUCACCUCCUCUUUGUCUCGCAGUCUGAUCCAGGAGAGCACAGGGGGAAAGACCCAGGUGGCGGGGGCCAUUUCUGCACUUAUCGUGCUGGUCACUGUAUUGAAGCUGGGCUCACUCUUCGAGGAACUACCCAAGGCUGUUCUUGCCACCAUUGUGUUCGUGAAUCUGAAGGGGAUGUUUAAACAGUACAUGGACAUCCCCGCUUUGUGGAAGAGUAACAAAGUAGAUCUGCUGAUAUGGGUGGUGACAUGCACCUGCACGAUUCUGCUCAAUUUGGAUCUGGGUCUGGCCGCCUCCAUCGCAUUCAGCCUCCUCACUGUCAUCUUUAGAACUCAGCUUCCUAGGUAUUCUCUGCUUGGCUGGGUAUCUGGGACAGAACUCUACCUGGACACAGAGGCAUAUGAGGAGGCCAAGGAGCUCCCAGGCAUCACUAUAUUCCGCUCUUCCGUUACUCUGUAUUACGCCAACGCUGAUCUCUACAGGGAGGCCCUGGAGGAGAAGAGUGAGAUCAAUAUCAAUAAGCUGCUGAAACGGAAAAAGAAGCAGGCGGCAAAACAGAAACGUUUACAAGCCAAAGAGGAGAAGGCGGCCAAGAAAGAGAGAAAGAGAGAAAACGGGGUGCUCAGCAUCUCAGCCAAUGAGACGCCUGGCUCAGUUCACCGGCGCGGCUCCAAAGCUGAUCUACGCAAGGACUCCCAGUGCAGUAACGGCUGCGUGAACGAGGGCUUCGAGCGGGAGCCAGACGAGAAGACGGAGGACAGGGUGAUGGAGGACGCGCAGAGCGGGAGACACUCCGUCAUCCUGGACCUGUCCACUGUGAGCUUCGUCGACACAGUCACACUCAAGACCCUGAAAAAUUGUGUGUUGUCCAACAGCUGGAGCGGGGGGACUUCUUCUCUGCGUCCAUCCCUAAGAAUCAUCUGUUCCCAUCCAUUCAUGAUGCGGUCCUGUACUGUCUCAACCACACGAGCAAAGGGCUGCCCAGCUAUGACUGUGCACUGGAGGUGGCUUGUGUUACUCAGCUGUGACCAACAGAGGUCAGAAUGGACUCUCCUUCCUGUGGCCUCCAUUCCUCCCUUGCUCCUCGCUCCCUCUCUCCCUCCAGCCCUCGCUCACUCCACAGUGCUGCCGCCAGCGCAGCAAGGCUCUGCGUUUCCAUGACAACUAAUGGGGUGGUUGCCAUGGGAUCUGCUGUUUUCUUCUGUCCAUUUUAUCGUUAUUUUUGUUAAUGCUCUGGCAAAUUCAUAGGAUGUAGUGUCCCAAUAGCUGUCAUCACCUGGUUUUGUGUUAGAUAAGAGAAAGACGGAGAGAAAGAGAGAGAUGUGAAAGGAUGUCUAUGAGAACUGAGGGCGAAUCUGCUUACUCAUCUCUGAGGAACUCUGACGUCUCCCUUUCUCCUGCAGGAGUCACAUUGAGCGCUCGUCUCCCUUUCUCCUGCAGGAGUCACAUUGAGCGCUUGUCUCCCUUUCUCCUGCAGGAGUCACAUUGAGCGCUGGUCAGUGUGACAGCACAGGUGGGGUCCAGAUCGUCAUAGUUACUGCUCUGCUCUGAAGCACAGAGAACCCACUCUCUAAACUAAGCAGGGAUAAACCUGGUAGACAUUUGUAACCCUCCUUGGAAUGUGAAAGCAGCUGUGAUUUAGAUUUUGUUGUUACAUUUCUAAAUAGCCUUAUUUUGAGAUUGAUUUGUUGUUCUUAUUGGAAUGUUUUGUAAUUUAUUGCUUUCUUUACCCAACCAUGUAAAGUUGUCAUUUUAAUAAACGUCUGGCUUUUUUGUUGA